CAGUCUCAAUGUUGCUUGUGUUGAUACUGAUUAAUAUUAAAGUUUAUGCUGUUCGCAGUGGCCAUGAUGUUGGCUUAUAGUUGAGCCUUGUUUGUGCUGACGCAUUUAGGCGAAUAUUGUUUGCAUGAAAAGAUUGUUACACUACAUCUGAUUGCAGAAAAACAGAGACUAUUUUGAGUUUUUUGUGGACAUUAGAAGUUCAGUUAGCACAAUGGUUCAGAAACAAGUGGUGUCCCCAAUUCUGUUAUUUCCAAUAUCUUCAUUUUAAAAUUGGCUACAUAAAACGGCAUGAGUUUUGUAUAUUUAAAAAACAUAUUUGUAAUAUUUAUUUUAUGGGGUUUUAAAAAAGUUGCUAUUAAAUCGAUGUUGAACAUUUGUUUGUUGUCAGUCAAAUUUUUUAGUGAAGGUAGCGUGGAGAGAUAGAAUGAGGGGGUGACCUUAUAGCCAAUAUAGGUUGGUAUACGAGGAAUAUAUAGCCAAUAUAGGCAAGUAUACAUGGAAAGCUACAAAACAGCUAUACAAUUUCUAAUACCCGCCCGCGGUCGCAGCGGGAGGUUCUCGGAUGCAAAGACUGGACCUAAAGUCAGUGAACAGCUGGUAGGCCUCUCGUCAUGAUGUCCGCGAACUGAUGGGAAGAUGGCACAUGUACUCGGACCUGUCCCAAGGCGACCCUCUUGCGGACGAAGUGGAUGUCAAUCUCAAUAUGCUUUGUGCACCGAUGAUGAACUGGAUUGGUUGUCACGUAGACAGCGCUCACGUUGGCGACCCUCUUGCGGACGAAGUGGAUGUCAAUCUCAAUAUGCUUUGUGCACCGAUGAUGAACUGGAUUGGUUGUCACGUAGACAGCGCUCACGUUGUCACGGUAGACAACGAAUGUGGUCGAAGUAAGAGGAACAUGAAGCUCUUGAAGAAGCUGUCGAAGCCAACAACACUCGGCAACGGCAUGAGCAACGACUAGAGAGUCCUACUCUAAUGGCUACGAGUAGUUUCCUAAUCCUCGACUAGUUCUUGUCCUCCACGUAGACUACGUCGUCCUGCACCGUAGUCUCCAUGUCUGACACGUCUCGGUGUACAGCUCCGUAUUGUAGGAUUGUCCCAACCUUCUGGUGGGCUCAUGGAUGUAUGGCCGACAAGCUCCCGAGUACUUUUUAGUCAAAUGUAGCAGUCUCGAGUAGUUUUGUAAACUUCUCCGACUGGUUUGAUGAGCUGAGUACUGCAAAUAGCGUUCAGCUGCCGGAGCUGAUAGAGAAGAUUGCCACACUCAAGAGGGAAGGUCUGAUCGGCAUCGGCGUGAGCUUCAGCUUCAUGAGGCGAGUCCAACCCCUACAAUUGCGCUGCACAUGGGGGUAUGUCUACUCGGGUCCCAACGACCCAUCGCGGAUGACGUCGCAGGACUUGUCUGCGGAUGAAGUGAUGGUGUGGCUAAAGCGCUUUUUCAGGCAUGUUGCCCCGACGAUCGUACGAGAACACUAUGCGGCCAACCUGCCAAACCAAGUAACUACCUAUGGCCUACAGCCCCCGAGUACUAAUUUUGGUGUCUGUCAAUGUAUUGACUUGUAUUAUGCUUGCAGGAGGAAAUUUACUUGUACUGCUCCAACCCUCCUCCUGCUGGACCGGAUGGCUCUGACGCUACUCCGCGUGUACAUACCCUCGCGGUUGUACAAAAGGCAAUUGAGGAGGAGGAGAAGGAAGAGGAAUCGGAGGAUUGGUCCUUUUUCAGCAGCUUUGAUUCAGAGUCUGCUGAAAAAAUUGUUGUCAAGCCCCGUCUCUCAGACAAGGCGGGGUUGUCUUCCGGGACGUCCAAGCGUGAAGCUAAGGAUGAGCCGGAUUGGCACCACAACCGAAGAAGGAACGUACUGUCGCCAUCAAGUGGGUGGUGAAGAAGUCGUCCGCUGAUGAAGUCCCACCUCCGGUAAUCACUUUUGAAGAAGGACAGGAUUCUGGGGAUUGGGUACUUGGAAGUCGUUUUGCUUUCUUCCAUACCUCACUUGAAUCUGAAAUUGGUGAGCUGCAGGUAGUCGAGGAGGAGAUAGAGGUGGAAAACAUGACUACGGAAGUUGUGCAACAAGAGCUGCUGGUGACAAAGGAAGACGAAGAGCCUCCUGUUGCCAGGGCCAACCCCAUCCCAAUGUAGACUACUCAUGGAGUGGAGACGGCGGCCAAUCCCAAUGUAGACUACUCAUGGAGUGGAGACGGCGGCCAAGUUUGGCGAGGAUCCAUCUAUGAUCCAACGAGCCGCGCCAAAGAAGCCGUCGCCCACCAUCAAGUCCCUACGUCUAAGGGCUGGGCCCUCCAUAAGGAUAAAGAGGUCCACCAAGUAAGUACUCGAGUACUGAUUGUAACUUGAUGCUAUUGUCUAGUGUGUUUUUACACUUGUCUUGUUUCACGGAAUAUUGGGGGGCCAAGCCCGAGUUCUGGAGCUGAUGGCGGUAGCCGCUCAACCCCAAAAAUUGCCCUGGAGCUUGUAAUUCCACCGCCAGAAGAGCAGCCCGCACCUGAAAUCAUCCCAGGUGCGGUAUCCCUUGUCGUAGCCCUUAUGCAUGACGUUAUAGCAUCGCUUAAUGUUGCUGUAGUGCCAGCCCCUGAGCUGCCUGUGGUCAAGCCCGUGGUGGCGACUACUUCUGCAGUGGUGGCGACUCUGGUAGCCCACGAGCCAGAGGUGGAGACCGAGACAGCGGUGGCGACUACUACUGGAGUCGAAGCUACACUUAUAGCCCUGAGCCAGAAGCUGAAGUUGAUCCUGCUUGCUCGCUGCCAGUGCUAGCUGUCGUCCCGUAGUCCGAGGUGGGGCUGUCGACUAGUCGCGGCGAGGCCUCCUUGCGUCUUCGGAAGCCGACCCAUCGACUAGCCGGGUGCUGGUCCCUCUCGGUGCGUCGGGUGCUGGAGAGCAUGAGCAGCAUGAUGAAAAUUGGAUUGCUCCCGGUCAUGGAGGCCACGGUCAUGGAGAUGCAUCGCUGUGUAAGCGAGUUUACAGAGGUAAGUUUUCCUCCUCUAUGUUGUUUUCGUCUUGAAAUUGGUACUCGUUCCUCUCUAGAGAUCAUGAGCAGCAUGAUGAAAAUUGGAUUGCUCCCGGUCAUGGAGGUCACGGUCAUGGAGAUGCAUCGUCGUGUAAGCGAGUUUACAGAGAAACUGAUCCAGCGCUCCUGCGAGAAGUCAAAAAUAAUCCAAGGUCAUGGCGACACCAUUAUGCGGGCUCAAGCGCUUGAACAUGAGCUAGCCAAGGAGCGGCAGUACUCUUCCCGGCUACUUAUGAAGUAUGACAGCCAAGCCGUCCAAUACCGGAAUGCUGUGCAGAAAGCCAUGGAGGAGAAGGACCGUCUCCAGAAGCGCAACAAGGAGUUGAACAACCGUCUGGAAGAGCUUACAAAAAAAUAAAGAUCUCCAGGGUCGCGCCAUGAACUAGCAGAACUCGUAUUACCGAGUGAUGGAUCAACACGACAAGUUGACUGCUCAGUAUGAGACUAUGGAGCACAAAUUGGAGAAAGAGAAGAAAUUACGCGUCGAUGGAGAAGUCUAAUUGGUAGAUCUUAUGACGAAACUCCGAGCGCAAGAAGCUAAGUUGGCAGCAAUCAAACUAGCUCUGAAGGAGCUGAUAGAAGCCUCUCAGCCUGUCGUCGAUAUGGUGGAGCCCCCAGAAAAAGGCGUGGAGCCCCGUCCUUUGGUGGAGAUACUCAAGGAAGUACCCGUGAAGAGAUCAACGGCUACGUCCAAAAGAUGGCAAAGUCCGUUUCCAAGCAACUUUUGGUGAUGGUUAAGUUUUUCUACCCGCAAACCAAUUUGGCUACCAAUGCGGAGGGAAUUGCAGAAGGCUGCUCUGAUGAGCAGUUCCAACAGUAUCCGGAAGAAGUAGCUCCCGUUGUUAAGGAAGUAGCCAGUCAGAUAGACCUUGAGUAACUAUAAUGUAAAAUUGUAAUAUAAACAUGUCAUUCAUGAAAUGAAAUGUAAAUUAUCAUUCAUGAAAUGAAAUGUAAAUUAUUUGAAGUC